CUAUCGGUUGACUCCAAUUUUUUAAGUCCACUCAGUACUUAUGGGAAGAUUCUAUAAAAUCUAACGUUAAAAAGAAAGAAGCUAGCUCAACUCAACCUUCUUUCUUCUUCAAACAGGUCAGUGCUUGAGUUCUUCAAUCGCGAGGUGAUCAAACAGAACAAGGAGUGAUGGAUCAUUGCAUCAAUAUUGAGAAAAAUGGUGUUCCAGAUUCGAGCGGAAAUAAUCUUCCAAAAGGUGAUCAAACAGAACAAGGAGUGAUGGAUCAUUGCAUCAAUAUUGAGAAAAAUGGUGUUCCAGAUUCGAGCGGAAAUAAUCUUCCAAAAUCUUCCGGUGUUUCAAGAGAUAUUCUCAUUCAAGAAAUACAAUGCUUGAACAAAAAGAUUCAUGGUUUGCCACCUCUAUUCCCUGAGCCUUGUAUAUUCAAAGUGCACGAGGAACUACGCAGCGUGAAUAAAAAAGCCUACACACCCAUACUGGUAUCGAUAGGUCCUUACCACCAUGGUAACCCCAAACUAAGAGAGAUGGAAGAACAUAAGUUGCGUUAUUUGUAUUCCCUUAUUCGACGCUUCAAUAUUUAUAAUAAUGACACAAUAAUUAGUGUGAAGCCUUACCUCCUUCUCAUGGAGGACUUGGCGAAUAGAGCUCAAUCCUGUUACGCAAACCCUAUAUAUCUCAAGAGAAACAAAUUUGUGCAAAUGAUGCUCCUUGAUGCUUGCUUUGUUAUAGAGUUUCUUCGGAAAUCUUGUUAUGAGGAGCUAAGAGAUAAGGAUGAUCCUAUUUUCAAAUCCUCUUGGAUGGAAGUGCAAAUCUACCGCGACCUCAUGUUGGUGGAGAACCAGCUUCCCUUCUUCGUUCUCUCUGAACUGUUAAACAAAACCCAUAUCCCAGAUUCCAAAUAUGUGCCCCUUCCCACUAUGGCAGUACUGACGCCUAUCUGUGCUUUGCUACCCAAAUCCCACAGCGAACACAAAAUGGCUCAACUAAUAAAUGAAAAUGAAACUGUCGAUGAAAGCAAGCAUUUUCUUGAUUUGGUGCAUAGAUUUUAUCAUCCCUCACUCAUAGAAGCUUCAAGUGGUCGUGAAAUUUGUAGUCAAAUGUCUUGCGUGACUGAGCUUAAAGAGGCUGGCAUUAGCUUCAAAGUUGAUGACAGUCCUGAUAGUAGUAUCUUUGAUAUAAAAUUUGAGGACGGUCACAUGAAAAUCCCUAAUUUUAGGGUGAGUGAUGAAACCGAGUCAUUCUUACGUAACAUUAUUGCCUACGAACAGCAUUCUUCUUCUGUCAAACGCAGAUAUUUCACAGACUACAUUUGGUUCAUGGAUAUGCUUAUCAACUCGGAAAAAGAUGUGAAUGUACUUCGUCAAAGCGGAAUUAUGGACAACAUGAUGGGUGAUGAUAAGGGGGUGGCUUGUAUGUUUAACAAGCUGGGUGAUGGAGUAAUGAUGGGAUCAUCUUUCCAUUACUCAGAUGUGUGCAAAAAGGUGAACGACCAUUGUGGACAAUGGUGGAAUAAUGCCAAAGCAAAUUUGAGGCAUACCUAUUUCAACAAUCCAUGGGCAAGUAUUUCAACAGCUGCAGCUGGUGUGCUCCUUUUGCUCACUCUAACACAGACUGCAGUGGCCCUCAUUGAUCUGCUGGCUUAGUUCAAGCAGGUGAUAUGUUGUGUUAUUUCCAUUAAACUUUGGCGUGGUUAAUUUGGCUUAGACUACUUAAUUGGAUGGGAAGAUUUAUUAAUAUUUCUGUACAAAUAAGUAUAUGCUUUGUUUGCUCUCCUCCGCUCUGGGCUCUGUUGCCGCUUCUACUGUACGUGUAGUUUUGUUGCAACAGUUUCUUAGGUGUUUUUGUUGUUUCUUGCCUUUGGUUGUUGUUUGGCUUCUGCCUGUUGUACUGUUCCAUUUUGGUUGAAUAAAAUUUAUUUACAAAAAAAAAAAAAAAAAAAA